UUCCAGCUGCUAAUGAUUGUCUGCACAAAGCAACACACGAUCGCGGUUGCCGUGCCUUGUUCAAAAAACAGCUGGUUCACUUGCAUUGCAAUACGGACAGGAAUAGCAGCCAUCAGCUGAUCGCUGAGCGGGGCUAUCAAGAUCGGAUGCAAAAGCAAGCUGAAUACUUGAAUUUUCGUGUUUUAAGGUCUUAUUUGUGCAAACGAGAAUUGAGAAGGACAAGCUGAUACCAUUUAUCAGAGAAGUACCGCAGUAACUUUAUUUUUAUUGCAUUCCAAUCGAGAAUUGUGUUGACUUCAAUUCAGGUUCAAGUGCAAGACUUAUUCGUCCGUCGACCGUCGUUGACUUUGACCCCAAAUCGGCCUGUCGGAUUUGUGAAAUUUGAGGGACAAGUUGUCAAGAAAGGAGCUUCCAAAGAUUGCAACUAAAGUACUAAGCAUAGCAUAGUCACAGACAUUUUUUGUAUUUAGAUAAUAGGUGUACUUGUUUUUUGUAACAGUAACUGAAAUAGAAGAGACAGCGAGACCUCCAAACGGCGGAGCUAGCUGAGCUGAGCUCAGUCUGAGUUGAGCUGAGCUGUAAAACACCUCCCUGGUUGGACUGUGUGUGGGUCUGACGUCUGUUGCUAUUGACACUUGGCAAAGAUGACUUGUUGUUUGGCAUUUAUAUCUCAUCCUCAAGGAUUGACCUUGGGGAACCGUCCAUUCUAUUCAAUAUAUGACACAGCUGAUGGUGACUAUGAGAAGAUCUGGAAUGAACAUUGCGAAGAUGAAGUCUCUUUGGGAGAAUAUGCCUAUGCCAUGCAACAUCUUGCACAAGAGCAUUGGUCAGCCAAACAUGCAGAUGACAGGAUAAAAUGGUGCCACGAUGCUUGCAUAGAAUACUUCUUUCAAGGUGGCAUGAAAACUGUACUUGAGAAGGACAGAAGGAGAAGGGUACACCAUGGACAGAGGAAGGAGGAAUCGAGGUGGCCCUGCAAUGGUUCUGCCUUGGUUAGGAACGUUAAUGGCAAUUCAAAUGGCAACAAUAUAUCAUCAUCAUUACUCUCCUCAUUGGAAGACUUUCACCAGCAGUAUUUCGACUUGGCACAUCCCUUAGGCAACAGGCAUAAUGCAAUAUCACUACCAUUUUCUGGCCAGUUAAGACUUCUAGAUGUAGGCAGCUGUUUCAAUCCGUUCCUAGACUAUGACGAGUUCCUAGCAGUUGGUAUAGACAUCUCACCCGCAGUUGAAAGUGUUCAUAAAUGUGACUUCUUGAAUCUUCAAAUACAACAACCUCUCCAAGUUGCUCCAGACACAGUCAAUAGAUACCUAAGAACGUUAAAAAGUCCUGUGGAGACACUUCCCAGGGAGUGCUUUCAUGUCAUCGUCUUCUCUCUGCUCCUGUCGUACUUCCCUUCGCCGUACCAAAGAUGGAUAUGUUGCCAGAAGGCCCACCAACUGUUACAGAUGAAUGGCCUUCUGCUUAUCAUCACGCCAGACUCGUCCCACCAGAACCGUAAUGCAGGCAUGGUCAAGAGCUGGAGGACUGCCAUCGAGUCACUGGGAUUCACCAGGUGGCGCUACCGCAAGGACACCCACCUGCACUACAUGGCCUUCCGUAAAACAUCUCAAGAACCACCAGGUGACCUGUCCGGCAACGAAGCCGGACCAGACAUGCUCUACAUCCCUCAGGACUUUAAUGAGGAUGUGGAGGAAAGCGUGUUCUCCGACUGUCUUCCGAGGACAGAGGCCGAAAUAGCAGACUUAAGCGAUGCCUUCAGUGAACUGCCAUCACAUUUCGUGGAUGAUUUUUCUGAAAUUUGGUAGAUAUCCUGUAAUCUGUUCAUACAGGCUACAUCGUACAUAGCUUCCAAAUGUAGAACAGACAGAACCUUGGACUUUGAAGUUCUUUCAGGAGAGUGUUUGAAUAUGUAUAUAUAUUUGUUUCAGAUAGCACAAGUGCCUUGUUACAUUCACACCAGCUAUCAAAUCUUGUCACUAAAAUAGAUCUUAAUUUCAUAAGAAAAUGACAAGAUCUAAAAGAGGAUAAGAGAGGAAGAGAAAAAAACACAGUACACAUGCAAAGUUUUAAAUGGAGUAAAAGAACACAUUUCCCCAGUAGUUAUUGUUCUAAAAUCUCCAAUGAAAGACAAUCUAAUUUUUGAAAAGUACUACAAUGUGAAAAUAACAUCAAAUUUAAUCCUAAAUUAGAAUUUUUAAUUUUUAAUGGAUAGCCGUAGAAUUUCCUUUAGAACUCCAAUACACCCUUAGAUAUUGUUUUAUAAUGUACUUUAGCAUAUGUGCUAGGCAAUGUUGCAUUGUUAAGUACUUUACUUGUUGAAUGUUUUUGUGAAAUGUCAAUUCCUGAGCAUUUGAUCACUUCUCAAAUCAUGUGGAUUUUGUUAGAUGUGUGAUGCUCUGUAGCAUGUAGAAAGGGUAAUGACAUGCAGUCUUGCUAGGAGGCAGCUGUGUAGACCAUCUCAAGUGAUCCCAGCAACCACCUGCUAGAAUACUCUUACACCUACCCCUCCCCCCACUUUAUCCAUUCCUGUUUCAUUGCUAUUUCUCUCAUAUUUCUAAAAUAAAAUUAUCUUAAUAUUUUCUACUAAGGUUUAAUAUAAAUUUGUUUCUUUUGAUCUUGUCAAAUGCUGCCUUGAAUCAAAGCUCAUUAGUUUUCAUGGUACAUGAAGAAAUUAGUUUGACUAAUUUCCUUGAGAGAUAAUUCUUGUCUUUGUAACUUAACAGAGAGUACUACUAUAUUCUAUCCAUAACAAUCGUUGUGGAAAAUCAACAAAUAUUACAUUACAGGCUAGAACAGGUUUGGAAGUCUAUUCACUUUCUGUUGGCAUUCUUCAGCAAAUUUAUCAGUAUUAGCACUAUUGAACAGCAAAUGUUAAAUGAUAUCAUACAACAUUAGUUCAUUGUAUCUACCUACCUGUAGGCCACUCUAUUCUGUGCUUACUCUCUUAACUCAGCUAUACUUCACACACCUCUGAUUAUUAUUAAGCUUUUGCUUAAAUCAUGAACAAUUCAGCUUCAGUAUUAACUCAUUAUUUAAAACACUUCUGUUAAUACGGACUUUGUCGUAUUCGACUCUUUGGUAUUGGACUCUGCAAAACAUUUUUUUUAAUAGAUUUUAAACUUGGUAAUUAUAUCAAUACGGUGCAAUUUUUCGCUUUCAUGACGGUUACCUAAAAUAUAAUCUCUUUAUACUUCAAGUUUCUUUAGAUUCUGAGGAAGGCAGUAUGUACUGUACCUGUACAAGUACAGUGUAUGAGUGAGAGUGCACUCUGCAUUUCCUCAAUAGCUGUAACAGAGUAUGCCUAUCAGUUUUAUUCAAUUCCAUCCACAGUAAUUAACGUCAUCUAUGAUAAAUAAUGAUUCACGUCUCUUCUAAAAUGGUGCAUAUCAAGUUGAGAAUUUACCAUCUGUAUUGACAUAUUACACCAAAGAUGUUUUCUUGAGUCCACAGACCAAGUCAAAGUCAUACUAUAGAAUCCUGUUAUAUUACAUAUAUGUGUAUUUAAUUUAUACUGACACUGACCAAUCCUUUUGAUUUGUAAGAGAAUUUUCUAUCAUUCCACAUGUACUCUAGAUUAAUGUUACCUAUGCUUUUAAUUCAGUAUCAUAGUCCAUCCAAACAUAAAUUUGUUUAUGUGAUAUGUACACGUAUCUACAGAUAUUUUAUAUUGUUUUCUUUAAUACAACUCAAGUAAAAUCAACAACAGAGCCUACCGGUAAUACAUUUUCUUUGUAGUUUUUAAAUUUACAAAUGGAAAGAAAAUUAAUUUUGUUAUGCAAAUCAGAAUAUCUGAUUCCUAAACUGGAUUUUAGUUUUCUACAUGUACUUUUUCACCAGUUUUUGUAUACUGAAUCUUUUUUUUACAAGCCUCAAGGCCAUGAUUUUGGUUUUGAAAAGAAAGUGUAGAUUGGAGACUAUCAAAAUCAAGUGCAGUGGAUUUUUUUCUUCUUUGAAAUAGCAUAAUUGUUAAAUUUUAUGUGUGAAAUCAGGACUCCUCAAAUGUUAAAAGGAGAUUAAAUAACCAUGCCUAUGUGCAGAAUACAAAAAAGUAUUCUCAUCUUUAACCAUCUCUUUUGCCAAAAUAUAUAGAACUGGAUAACGGUUACCGUAAGCGAUAUGUAAGAAUCAUCGUUUGACAACCAGUUCUCAGUGACAGGGUUUGCUAGCUGGCUUAAACCACAUAUUUAAAAUGUCUGGAAGAAAUAUAUACGUUUAUAUAAGACGCUAAAAGAAUAUAUCUAUGUUUGUACAUGUUUUAUGUAUUUGAAAUACUCCCAUGUUUGUUGCAAUUAAAUAUUUUAUUAAUAAGAGAUUGAUUAAAUUUUGCAAAAGCACAUGAA